AUGUCACGUCCCGAACUUUUACCACCGUCAAGAGCCGCGCUAUCUUUACUUGGUUAUUGUUAUUAUUAUAUUCAAGAUUAUAUUAUGGCAGCAGAAUGUUAUGAAAAACUAAGCGAAUUAUAUCCUCAACAUACAGAUUAUCGUCUUUAUCAUGCUCAGGCUCUUUAUAAUGCUUAUAUGUUUCCUGAGGCUGUUUCUGUUUUGGCACUUAUAAAUGAUCCAAAAAUGGAGAAGAAAGUAGUCAAAUUGGACGCGGCAAUUAAAUAUCGAGAAGAGGACCUCCAAAAUGCUCGAAUUCUUGUUGAACAAUUUGAUAGUGACGAUCCUGAUAUUGAAGAAGGAAAGCCUGCUGAAGCACUUAAACGUUUUAUGGUUGCAACUGAACAACAAAAUAAUCAUUUAACUUAUUCAAUUGCUCUUUGCCACUAUCAAAUGAGAAAUUUUCCACAAGCUUUGAGUAUGAUUUCUGAAAUUAUUGACAGAGCUGUAAAGGAUCAUCCUGAAUUGGGAAUUGGAAUGGCAGCAGAAGAAGCAAAUGGAGGGGCACAACUUCGUUCUGUUGGCAACACAUUUCAGUUAAAUGAAAGUGCUGUUAUUGAAGCUUGUAAUCUUAAAUUUGCGAUUGAAUAUCAAAUGAAAAAUGUGGACGCAGCAGCAGAAGCUUUAUUAGAUAUGCCUGCAAGAGCUGAAGAAGAACUUGAUCCUGUUACUUUACACAAUCAAGCAUUAAUUGGUGUAGAAACUAAUUUGGCUGACAGUUUUUCUAAACUUCAAUAUUUGCUUGGCCAUAAUCCCUUUCCACCUGAAACUUUUGCUAAUUUAUUGUUGUUAUAUUGCAAGUAA